GCUCAUCACUACCUGCAUCUUCCUCAACCCAAGUCAGCAACGAAACUAAAAUGUCGGAUUCUAACUUGGAUGGCAAGCACUAUGAUGAGCUGCGGAACCAAAUGCGUGAUAACGGAGCAAGCAUUCCACCCCCUCCCGCUGCUGUCCAGCAGCCCCUAAGACCACCGAACCAAACCGCUAUAUCGUCCGAGAACACGUUGCACUACGCUAUAGUAUACCAUCCCUUCGAAGAUCGGUUCGGACAGCCCCUCGAACCUGACUCACGACGAUAUCCUGGAGCUCCCACUCCUUUCUUCACUCCAGCUGCAAAAGGCAUUCCAGCUGGCUCUCGACCUGAAGCCAAUCCAGCUGCAACUGCAGCUGAUUCUCCUGUUGUUUCCCGAGCUGUUGUCCCGGCUACUACCUCUAUUCCAGCUGGCCUCUCUCGGCAGAGCAGAAGGAACAAGUCUCAAAACCCUAGAAGGAGAAGGAAAAUGUUGUGGAGACUUUACAGCUCCUUCACAACUGGAACGUCCGCGGAAACCGAGACCUCGCAACCCCGCUGGGAAGCCUGGGUUCGGGGCCUGAACAAUGUGAGACAGAUUCUCUGUGUGGAUGACAACAAAGAUCCCCAACAAAACUCAGGGGAGGCGUUCAGGACCCAAGAUGAGACGAGCGGGAACUCGAGUGAUGAACGGGCUACCAGGAGCUUGUUGAACCCUGAUGAGAGGGAGGAGGAGAAGUAGGGCGAGCUGCGCUUUCCUCAGUACAGGUUUUGAGUUAUUCAAUGAGCCUGUUAAACGCUGGGUGUUUGUAAUUCUCUUAAUGUUUUAUGUAUGAAUUAUUUGUUAUGUAUUUUUUCCGGUGAGGGGACUAUUUCUGUCUUUGGUCUUUCUCUUAACCGUGGAGGUUCGUUGUCUUUGUCACUGUGACAUUUCAUUCUCUACGAAUGACACUCGAAGCUCACAUUUGUACUUACUGUACCUCAAGCAACAACUCGGAACAGUGAUGGGUGGAUUAAACAUUAAGUACAUCUUGGAAUACUGUGCAACCUUAUGUCACACAGUAGACCACUUCGUAUACGACCCCAUCAUUCAACUUUUUGCUC